AUAGUGAUCAGGGAAAUAACUGGGACUGGUUUAGCAGAAUAAGCAUCCAUUUGGUUUAAUUCUUUAAUCAUUUCGGAAAGAUUAAUUUAUAAUGGAUUCACUAGACGUAAUUGAGAAGCGAAUCGAUAAUCUGAAUUCACUUCUCGGACCGAUUCCGGCUAAUGAUAGUCAAGUAGAAAACUUAACCGAUUCGGUACUAUCGGCAGCCUCGUUUCUACCGUCUGCUAGUACUGGCCAUUUGGUCGACGGAAGCGCUCGGGAUAACAUUCUCAAGAUGUUCAAUAAGAAGGAUGAUUUGGAAGCCUUGCUGGAUCCUUCCUAUUUGGACGAAAAACAGGACAUACGUGCUAAGGAAAUCUACAUUAAUACGAUCGCAAACGACUUAGCCGGGUCGUUUGAAACCUUGCAGAAAAUCAAAACCUUGGAACCGACACUUGGAGCCGAGUAUUUUCGAAACCUACCGGAUGUCAGCGAUCAGUUGAAAAAAAUGACGGCUUCAACGGCCGAACAGAAACAAGCCAACGAUUUGCUGGAAGAAAGUUUGGUAAUUGCAAUGCAACGUUACAGUGAAAUUCAGAGUGGUAUCAAGGAUUCACUGAGGGCAAUGAACGAUCGGUUAGACGCCAUAGAGGAGCGACUAGCUGAAAGGAAGAAGCAAGACGACGAUGUCUAGAGCGUUUAGCUAAAAUUUGUUGUGCAGCAUUAUAUUAUAUUUAUAUUCGUUUCUCUUCUAAGUAAUUAUAUUUAUUUCCAAUGGAUCAAAUACAAUAAAAAGGGUUUCAUGGCCUCGCGGCGAUUUAAUAGAUCAACCAACAAGGAAACACUUAGAUUUCUGAUGCGUAAUUGGAACCAUAUGUAUUGUCUUAGGUCUGAACUUACUAACAUGAGAUAUAUUUGCUAUAUAGAAUAA